GCCGAGGCUAAACCUUGUACACCUCGUCCGAUUUUCCCUGGCUCCAAUGGAAAAAUGAGAAAAUUCAUCGCGCUACUUUUUUUUUUCUUGGGUCUUCAUCAUUAGUUUAAUGGACAAAAGUAUAGACAAGCAAAAUGAUUAACAAUAAAUCAUGGGAUUAAGCAGGUGAUGGAGUUGGAUAAAAGCUAGCCAGCCCAGAUAUUGUGACAAUUCUACCGAAAACUGUAGGAGAAAAACAAGAUGGCUAUAGAUCAGGUAAAUGUUGAGAUCGUUGCUAGAGAAGUCAUAAGACCAUCCUCUCCAACCUUAAAUCACUUGAGAAAGUUUAACCUCAGCCUCCUGGAUCAGCUUGCUCCUGUGUCAUAUGAACCUUUGGUCCUCCUGUACUCCAAUUUCCAGCAGCAACUCACAGGUACUCACGAAUCUCAGCGGCUAAAGAGAUCGCUGUCUGAAACCUUAACCCGAUUCUACCCACUUGCCGGCAGGAUUAAAGAUGGUGCCUCGAUUGAAUGCAACGAUCUUGGAGCUGUUUUUGUUGAAUCACGAGUCAGCUGUCUUCUCUCCAAGUUUCUUGAAAAGCCUGAUGCUGAGGCGAUAAGAAAAUUCAUUCCUGUUGAGACUGAAUCACCAGAAGCACUCACGGGUAGUCUAGUGCUUGUUCAAGCAAAUUUCUUUGCCUGCGGUGGGUUGGCGAUUGGAGUUUGCAUUUCUCACAAGGCAGCUGAUCCGGUUACCUUCAGCACUUUCAUCAAGGCUUGGGCAGCUGCGGCUUUUCGUUAUUUCGACGACAGUAGUACCGUGCUUCCAUUAUUCAACGCAUCAUCCCUAUUCCCACCGAACAACUUACCGCUUACAAGGCCUGCAGCUGUCGAAUUGAUGAAUGAUAAAUGCGUUACAAAGAGACUUGUCUUUGAUGCCUCCAAGAUUGCUGCUCUCCAGGCUAAGGCUGUGAGUGAAAGCGUGACAUGUCCGACAAGAGUUGAAGCUGUGACAGCCCUGAUUUGGAAAUGUGCAAUGAACGCAUCAAGAUCGAAUUCGGAGCAUUUAAGAUAUUCUAUUCUCUCACAAUCCGAGAAUUUACGCAAGAGAAUGGUGCCUCCCUUGCCUGAAAACACUUUUGGAAACCUCGUGGGUUACUUUGCUUCAUGUGCUACGGAGUGUGAGAUAGAAUUGCAAAGCUUGGUUGGUCAGCUAAGGAAAGGGUUGCGGGAUUUUGGUGAGAACUAUGUGGAGAAACUUGGAGAAGGUAAGGCUUUCAUGGCUGUUUGUGAAUCUUUCCAAGGGGCAGGAAGCAUGCUCCAAGAAGGUAAUGUAGACUUUUAUGCAAGCACCGAUUUCUGCAAGUUUCCAUUUUACGGGAUUGAUUUCGGGUGGGGAAAGCCCACCUGGGUGACCAUUCCCACCGGGGCUAACAAGAACGUGACUACAAUUAUGGACACAAGAGACGGCGAGGGAGUCGAGGCUUGGGUGACUUUAACCGAGGAAGACAUGGCCUUUUUUGAACGCGAUCGAGAGCUGCUUGCAGCUGCUUCUCUGGAUCCAAGUGCCUUAGACCUCAUCAUGCCCAUGUCUUCUCUUUAAGUAUAUCUCGAAAUAGGCUAUGUUAAUUUUCUCCUCGUCUAUGGUGGUUUUCAGUCUCUGUACUUAUGUAUGCUAAUUGCACUUUCAUUGUGUGUGGAUGGCUGGUUGCUUGGUGUCUCUUGUGGAGACGUUGAGAGUAGUUGGAAGAUUUGUUGAGACGGCCAAAAUUUGCACGCAGCACUUUUUCCUUGUUAAAUGAUAAAUAAAAAAGAGGCAGAGUUGAAUUA